AUGGAAACGACAGCUUUAACUUCAGCUAUGAAAGACUUUCUUUCAACAGCUAACACAUGUUUUUAUGAAUUAGAGCUUGCUACAAAAGAUCUUCUUAAAAAUCCAAUCAAAUUACCAGAUAAUACAGUUUAUCAAGUCCAAAAGGAAGAGAAAGUUGAAAUGACUCAAGAACAGAUCGAAGAAGAAAUUAUUCGUAUUGCUAAGAAAUCUCGCAAGAUCCCAUCAAAGAGCUUCACAGAUCGUGUUAAAAAACAAUGCUGCCUCCCAGAAAAAUUAGCUAACGAAACAAUAGAAAAAUUAUUAAAGGAAGGUAAAAUACAAGAGAAAGAACCAAAGCCAUCGGAAAAAGCUGAGUGA